AGCACCAUAUUAUUGGCCAUGCGCGUAUUUACGCGGGCAGUUCUGUUGUCAAAGUUCGGAUGGGACGAUGGUAUAUACAGCCUCAAUCCUCCUGGAAGAAACGUAUCGAGUGGAAUUGCUAAGCUCAAUUAGUAUCAAUCAUCAUAGCCUGGGUAGGGAAUAUCGAGAUGCCAGGAUCGCUUCCGGUUUGCUAACGACGAUGUCUUAUGGAAAUAAAGGUCCUCUCUCUAGCAACACAAAUCGCGUGCAUACUGAGCUGCGUAUAUGGUGGAGCUGGAAUCCAUAUGUGGAAUGUGACCCCGGCCAUGUUCGAUGUCUAUCAAAAGACUAUCCUGGCCGCCGCCGUGAUUUAUCUGCCUGCCCUCGCAUUCGCCAAAGUCGGCCUUAUUAUCCUCUAUCACCGUAUCAUCAACAAGCAACGCGGCUAUAAAUGGGCGCUUCACAUUAUCUCGGGGAUCAUUUGCGCAUAUAGUAUCGCUAUUUCCUUGGCCUUGAUCUUUGCGUGCAACCCCAUUCAGAGGAGUUGGGACUCCUCGAUCACACGGGGGUCUUGUAUAGAUCGGGCUGGCUUGUACAUUGCAACGGCGGUCACCAAUAUCGUUUCGGACUUGGCUCUGAUUUUGGUUCCUGUUCCGCUGGUGUUAGGCCUACAAAUGCCGCGAAUCCAAAAGGUUGGGCUUCUCGGCAUGUUCAUUGUUGGUUGCGGGACGUUUAUUACAAGCAUAUUGCGACUCACCACCUUGAUUCCAACCCUUACGGCCACGGACGUUACAUACGCAAUAGCAGAGGCACAGCUGUGGAUGUACGAUUCCCUUUUUAACCUUUUCUUUCACCCUUUUCGAAUAACGCGCAGAGCUCACACACCUCCCCUCGUCUAUAGUUAUGUCGAAGCGAACCUGAUCAUUAUUUGUCCCUGUCUGCCAUUCCUCCGACAGUUUCUGCGAGCCUAUUCACCCGCCUGGAUUGGUGAAGGCAGCAGCCGCGGCCGACGCUACGUCGGUUACUAUGGUUCGACGGCGACUCCGCGCAGCCGUCGCAAGCAGGGCCUCACUCUUCUCCAGGAUGACAUCGCACUCGCCGAGAGCACGACAAGCACCCACAGCCAUUCGCAUAUUGUCAAAGAGGUUCAGUGGCAGGUGACAGAAGAGCGCCGGGACGUGGAGUCGCCACCCAGUCUUGGUCUAUCUCAGGAACCUCAUGCACCUCAUGGACUAUAGCACAUCGAUUCAGGGGGUACCACCGAUCUGGAUUUCACCCCACAGAUAUCGUUUCAUGGCCGAAACUACUGAAUAGUUUCGCAGCCUCCCACUCGGGGCCCAUGUUUGCGGCCAGAGGCGAUGACAUUGAUCGGCGAUAAUAAUAAUCAUCAACGCCAAGAUCCGUCACCUCCUGGAACCGAAGUUCCAGUCAAGCCACCAGACGCCAGAGACCAGACUAAAAGUCUCUGGCGCAAAGCUACCAAUGCAGCGAAAAACUCUUUUAUAUGCGUUACCCUCUCAUUGGAC